UACUUCUUUUCUUCUGUGUGUUCUUUUUGCCUCUGCUAAGUCAGCAGAAAGCCAGAAUAUUAUUACAUAGUCAGUGCUCCCAGUUCCUUUUCCACCCAGUGUGACAUUCUUAUCUAGUCCCUGAGUAAAUAAAUGCUGAAGCUUCUCCAUGCUGCAAACAUCCCUCAACCCCUUCUUUCCAUUUUCUUGCUGAGUGUUCCUAGCUCUGUGCUUCCUCUUGGCCCAUCUCACUUCCUGAAACACUACUAAAGAGCGUUGCUUAUCUCGAUGGAGUGUGGGUAGCCCUCCAGGGGCAGGGGAACUAAGAGCAGCUGCACUUUCACAUUCCGUCACAGAGAACUGUCCUCCCCAGACUUCUGCAAGCUUGGAGAUGUGUGGCCUGUGUCAGGGCUGGAAAUGAUGGCCAUGUGAUGGAAUCUCUCUAAGGAGACAGGGUGCCACCAGAGAAGAGAAGGAAUGGGUGAGUUGUGAGUUCUGGACUGUGGCUGCUACACCUGGACCUCUGGCAGGAUGUGUGGCAAGAGCUAGGUGGACUGGCCCACACGGAUCUUGUUGGGACACUACUCACCUGGGAGUCUCCUCUUGGAAAACGAGAUGCCUGUCAACAGCACUGCCGUGUCCUUGGCCAGCAUUACCUACAUCUCUGUGGAGAUUCUCAUCGGGCUCUGCGCCAUAGUGGGCAACGUUCUGGUCAUUUGGGUGGUCAAACUGAACCCCAGCCUGCAGACCACCACCUUCUAUUUCAUUGUCUCCCUAGCUCUGGCUGACAUUGCUGUUGGGGUGCUGGUUAUGCCUUUGGCCAUUGUCAUCAGCCUGGGUGUCACAAUCCACUUUUAUAGCUGCCUUCUCAUGACCUGCUUGCUGAUGAUCUUCACCCACGCAUCCAUCAUGUCCUUGCUAGCCAUUGCCGUGGACCGAUACCUGCGGGUCAAGCUCACAGUCAGAUCCAGGAUUCCUAAGGCCCCUGGGUCCAUCUGGUCAUCCCAGUUGAAGAUUCACUUCUUUCCAGUCAUGAGGCUCUUCAUUCUGCUCUCUUUGACUGUCUUUUCAGAUGCCAUGGUCAUGGACGAGAAGGUCAAGGAAAGCUUUGUGCUGGACACAGCUUCCGCCAUCUGCAACUACGACACCCACUAUAAGGACCACCCCAAGUACUGGUGCCGAGGCUAUUUCCGGGACUAUUGCAACAUCAUUGCCUUCACACCCAACAGCACCGACCGCGUGGCUCUGAGGGACACAGGAAACCAACUCAUUGUCACUGUGUCCUGCCUGACCAAGGAGGAUACGGGCUGGUACUGGUGUGGCAUCCAGCGUGACUUUGCCAGAGAUGACAUGGACUUUACAGAGCUGGUUGUGACCGAUGACAGAAGAGCCAUCACCAACAAUUUCUGGUCUGGGCAAGACCUGUCGGGCAACAAGAACAGAAGCUGCAGGGCUUCCAAGGUUGUCCACAAGGCAGAUCACUCCAGGAUGUCCAUUCUCAUCAUUUGCAUACUGAUCACGGGCUUAGGGAUCAUCUCCAUAUUCAGUCGUUUGUCCCGAAGGAGGAGAAACCAAAGAAACAGAAGGGGUAAAGGCCUAACGAGAAACCAGAAAACCAGCCAAGCUUCUGCGAGCCCCAUGCCACUGAAAAUCCCAUGGACGGAGGAGCCUGGUGCAAGUUACUGUCCAUUGGGUCGCGAAGAGUCGGACACGACUGAGUGACUUCACUUUCACUCUCACUUGAAUCCAUCCUUGGCUGGGUGGGUUAGGAUAUCCUACUACACAAGUCAAGAGAGCAGACAUCAAUUUUCCAUGACAGAUGAAGACAUCCAUAGACAUCUUGGAAGAUGCACACUUACCUAUCUGGAAAACUGUUUCCUUUGGGAAUCCUGUACCAAAGACUUGCUGAAUCUGUGUUCAUUUUGUCUUUCAGCAAGGCUAGUUGUGUGCCACUUUUCAUGAUAGGGAGACAAAAAAAUCAAGACUUUGUAAAUGCAGGGUUGUGCUGUUAAAAUUAGGAAGUUUCAAUAAAACAGGGAAGGGGAAUUAACCUGAUGUUUCAUGUAUUGGGUGGCCAUAGGACGAUGGUUAUACAUCUUCUUGCAAGCUGUUCAUAAAGUACUGGCCCUAAACUGGAAAGCUGAUGUGGCUUCUAACUUCAGAGUUUGUAGAAUUGUUUGAAGUCUGCUCGUCGCACAGAGUCGGACACGACUGAAGCGACUUAGCAGCAGCAGCAGCAGCAGCAGCAGCAGAGUUUGAGCUAAAACUGAGUCCUCCUCUACCAACACAUCCCACAGCCAGCACGGGGGAGGGCAUUCCUGGCGCUCUGCUGCCCUCGUGCGGCCGACCGCGCUGUGGCACUGCCAUCUCUUCCCAAGACUAUUUCCCCAAACCGGGUCUCCACAGAGGGAGCCCUUCCUUUAUCAACUCUCACUUCCUCUGUCUUCCCCUCAAAAUCCAGCUGUCAAGAGCAGCUGCUCCAUCUCAGAGCGAACACACUCCCUCGAAUAGAUCAUCUAACUUGACCUUUCUAGUUUCUCUGCCACUGUAAUGGGCUCUGGGACAGCUUGCGGUGGAGGCCAGAUGCAAGGAAUUUGAAGUCAGAGGACUUAAAUUUUGUUCUGCCGCUUACUAGCUGGGAGACACUGGGUAAAUUAUUUCAUCUCUUUGAACCUUAAUUUUCGUACCUCGAUUCUCAAAAACAUUACUUAAUGUAUUUUUAAGAGAGAUUUGUAAAAAAAGCUUUCCUUUCCGUGGACUGAGCUCCGUUGGUGGGCACUCCUUAGUGAGGGACGCCCCGGCAGAGAUGGAGUGAUUUGUCUAAUGAGUGAGUCUGGGGGUAGGAACCAGAAGUGACUGCUCUGCCCUUCCCCUUCCUUUUUUUAAUCCUUGGGUGCAGAUUUCAAGAGCACACGGUGUCUUUCGCAACCCUAAGGGCAGCUGAGCUGCCGUUUGGGGUGUGGGGAGGGGCAGGGACUUGCCUUAGUGCACGGAAUUCAGGGUUCUGCAGCUAUGGGUUUAUGCUUAUAUUUUCCUAUGUUUGUAAUAAAGAUGCUGCUUUGCUUUCUA